UUUGACAUUUUUAUGUUUAUAUAGACCUUCUCAUUGCCUGCAAGUAGAGAUUUGGUGGGGUUUUUUUAUUCUUAGUUUCCAUCUGAUCCUGAUUUUAAUCAGAAUCACACUUGAAGGUGCGUAACAAUAACAUACCGUGGUUCCACGUUUAGACUUUUCUCCUAGUCAUUUCACAAGAAUCAUUUCUCUUAUCUUAGAUUUCUUUUCCAAGUUUACAAUUUGAUUCAUGGCGGAGGAGAAACCGAGGAAGAGCCUGACCAGCAGUGGCAGCAGAGGUUCUCUCAAGACCAAGAAUCCGUUUAGCCGUGUGAAAGACGAAGAUGACAACAAAAACAAGACAGGAUUGUCGAUGAGGAAGUCGUGGUCCACGGACUCACUUGGUCUGCUCAGCAACAGCAACCAGUCGGGGAAGAUGGUCUGUAUCUGUGCUCCUACAAAGCACGAAGGCUCGUUCCGUUGCAGACUUCACCGUUCAUCAGCCACAAGCCAUGGUCCAGCUACUACGCAACUUCAUCUUCCAAAGCCCUUGCUUUCUUCUCGUCGUCUCGAUGACCAGUAAUGUAACAUAGUCUCUUUCGUUAUUCACAAAACCAAUAUGGUACGGUCCUGAUUGUAUUGAAGAUUGUUUUUUCUAUCCAUGUGAUGAAUCCAUAUGGUAUAUAUUGGUAUUUAUGUGUUCAUAUAAAACAAGUACUUAUGU